AUGUCUGCUAUCUUUGGGGAAGAAGGAGAGGCACCAACAGGAAUGCCAUGGUGGGAUGGUGAACAUGCAGCCUUUGGCUGGACAAUAUCUGCAGUUGCUAGAAUCCGUAAUGCCCUGGCUUAUGCGACCCACACAUUCUUCCAGCAGCAUGGGUUUCUGUAUGUGCACACUCCAAUUAUUACCACUAGUGAUUGUGAGGGUGCUGGAGAGAUGUUUCAAGUCACAACUUUGUUAAGUGAUGCUGAAAAACUUGAGAAAGAACUUAAAGAGAAUCCCCCUCCAUCAGAAGCUGACAUUGAAGCUGCUGAGCUUACUGAGAGGGAGAAAGGAGAGGCUGUUACUCAACUAAAAUCUGCUAAAGCAACUAAGGGGGAAAUUAGUGCUGCUGUUGUUGAGCUUACUAAGGCUAAAGAGAAUGUAUCAAAGCUGGAAGAGAGAUUUUCACUGGGAGACAGAGUAAGGCAUAGCGCUGGUAUCCCUAAAAAGAAUGAGAAAGUUGACUACUCCCAGGAUUUCUUUGCUCGCCAAGCUUUUUUGACAGUUUCUGGACAACUACAAGUUGAAACUUUUGCAUGUGCACUUAGUAGUGUCUAUACAUUUGGACCAACCUUUCGUGCUGAACACUCGCACACUUCAAGGCAUUUGGCGGAAUUCUGGAUGGUGGAGCCAGAAAUAGCAUUUGCAGAUAUCCAGGAUGAUAUGAAGUGUGCAGAGGCAUAUGUGAAAUUUCUGUGUCAGUGGUUACUUGACAACUGCCUUGAUGAUAUGGAAUUUAUGGCUAAGAACAUUGACCCAACUGCCAUUGAACGACUUAAAAUGGUUGCCUCAACUGACUUCGUCAAAAUUACAUACACAGAAGCUGUCAGCAUUCUCGAGGAAGCAGCUAAAGAGAAGAAAUUUGAGAAUAAAGUGGAAUGGGGAAUUGAUUUAGCAUCUGAACAUGAAAGAUACCUGACCGAAGAAAAAUUCAAAAAACCUGUAAUUGUAUAUAACUACCCAAAAGGGAUUAAAGCAUUCUAUAUGAAGGUCAAUGAGGAUAACAAGACCGUUGCUGCCAUGGAUGUACUUGUACCAAAGGUUGGAGAACUAAUUGGAGGAAGCCAGAGAGAAGAGGAUUAUGAGGUCAUUAAAGACAGGAUAUUGGAGAUGGGCCUGCCCCUUGAACCAUAUGAGUGGUACCUUGACCUGCGGCGCUAUGGGACUGUAAUGCAUAGUGGGUUUGGUUUAGGCUUUGAACGAAUGAUUCUUUUUGCUACUGGGAUCGACAACAUCAGAGAUGUUAUACCCUUUCCCCGAUAUCCUGGUAGAGCAGAUCUUUGAAUACAGACUUACAUAGUUGCUGGGAUUUUAGUGUGAGUAAUGGGCUUUCAACCCUACAAUAUUGUUGCCAUUUAUUAAAAACUUAAUUACAGCAACUGCACAAUUUUCUUGUGAUGCUAUUACCAAAGUUGUUCAAACAAGAACUCCGUUUAUCGUGUUGAUUUUUGGUCAUUGCAUCUGAUUGGCUGGCUAUUCUUGUCGGUUGUCAUAGGCAUUACAUAAUUCAUUUGUUUGUUG